AUGACCGAUUUCAGCUGCGCUUACCCAGAUCCCGGAGCUGUAUCUGACUUGGAUCAGCUCUAUGAUGAAGAUGAUGAGGAUGCCUCGUCCACUACCAGCAUUCUAGCUGAUGACGAAGAGCUCAAUAUAGAGACACGACAAUGUCUAAAGGAACAGCCUACGGCCUUAAAGCACCACUCCCGUUUUGAACGUAUCGUGCGGAAGACGUUCUCCCCACCGAGCAAUAGCACUGAGCCUGAGUCCAAGGCUUCACUUGUGUCUAGAACGCAUCCCGAUCCUGUACCUGUCGAAGAGAUAAAGCCAGUGAAAAGGCGGACUUUGAAUCUCCUCGAUCUGCCUGUGGAUAUUCUCCAGGAGAUCAUCAAAUUGGUCAUACACACGAAUGAUUUGACUUCCCUAGCACUCACCUGCUCCGCACUCCAUUCCCUCGCAAUCCCUCAGAUGUAUUCACGGUUCGAUAUAGUCUGGCCCGAUGCCGUUCCAAAUAGUGGACAUUCCACUGGAGUGGACGCGCUUUCAUACGGUCUGGCAACCUUGGUUACAGCAGAAGACAUAUUCCGUGAAGUGCCUUUGUCGUCUGUACCAUCUCCUUGCUCGCACUGUGGAUGCAAUAGCCGUAUGCCCUACCUACAGCGCUCGGAAGCCAACGGACGCCCGAUCCGCCGAGGGAACUACUUUGCACAAUACACACGCAAGUUUUCGAUUGGAAACGGUCCGUCCGAUUGGGUCCAGGAGUACUCGGUGACCAAGGAGACGGGCAAAAUGCUCGGGACACUCGUUGCUUUGGCAGUGGCUCGGAUGGUGAAUUUAGAGACCUUCAUUUGGGAUAUGCCAACGGGUGUCGUGCGAGAAGUGUGGAUUGCGCUUGCAUCAUUGGCGGACCGGCCAGGACAUGAUUGCCGUCUAGAGAAUGUCUGGAUACGUUGGCACGACAAUUCUGAGAACAAACCUCGCUCUCCACCAGCAGCCCCCACUGCAUCUUCGUUGGCUCUCCCUGAAACCCAAACCAUGGUCCCGUCCUAUAUCAGCUCGGCACUUUUUGGGAAAUACAGACAUGUAGAAUAUCCUUCGCUGUCGAUACUACCCCCGCUGAAAAGCUUGAGCGUCCUCGAUAUAGAUGAGACGUCAUAUCUUGAAGAAAUGGCCGUUUUAAUCGAACGCUCGCGACAUUGUCUAAGAGAGCUUCGCAUUGGCCUCUCGGCGAAGGCUUACAAGCAAGGUUGGUGGAAACCGCGAGAUAUUUCACACACAGCGAAUCACACCAUUUUUCCUGCCGUCCCCGGAUGGCCAAAGCCUGGUGGAGUUCUCGGGGUAGCGCUGGGGUGGCACGAUUACCAUGCCCACGGGUCCAGAUUGAGACCGGAAGGGCCGAUUCAAGUUGAACAUGGCAAGGAACCUGAAACUGUGUUACAGGCAGGGGCAUCGACCCCAGCUGACACUGUUGAAACACCCUCUUCGUCACUCAAUGACUCCGCGCCGUUCCAGAAUUUCCUCGACGCGCAACUUUCUACUGAACAAAAUACCAACACCUCGUCUCACUCUCAGAACACAUGUCUAGUCGGCGCGCUCGAUUCUGAAACCUCGAGAGAAAACUCGAAGGGUUUUACACAAGCAUCUCCAUCUAAGCCUGGCUCUGAUCGCCAGUUGCUCAGGCUGGAGAGUCUCGAAUUGGAACGUGUAUCGAUAUCUCCGUCAGUCCUACUAGACUCUCUAGAUUGGACCCGCAUUAAGAACCUCACCAUUCUUCGUUGUGAUGGGCACGAGAAACUAUGGAGAGGUCUUCGACGUCGUUUUGCCCCUACAUCGCCACGCACUGGGUUCAUAAACGGCAGGAAAGGGGGGCCCGGGCCAGACAAAGAUCUCGACUACCCUCUCAAGGUCAAACAUCUUCAUACGGAUGCCGUUUCGCCCUAUAUGCUAUUGUUCAUCAAAGAUACCCUUCGCCCAAACACGCUCGAAACCGUUUUCCUUCACGGGCCACCUAUACAUGACUCUGCGGUUGAGAUCGAGGGCAUUUAUCGUAACAUCAUACGCACACACCGGUCGAGUUUGAGAAAAUUGUUGGUCGAUGGCACCGGACGAGCUCCCGGGGGCGCUGAGAUAAGCACUGCCCGAUGUCGGAAAUGGACGUUUAAUCGUGAGAUGAUUACUUUCAUGACGAGCGGGAGAAUGUCUAAACUGAAUGAACUUUCCAUGGCGCUUGACUUCAACAACUGGGUAGGGUCCCUGACGCACGACUUACUUUCGUUGCUGACACAUAAUUUAGCAUUACUUCCUGCAAAGGCUUCCCUAUAUUUCUCAACUCCGAGCACUCCAUAUUCCUCACAUCAUCAGUCCGAGCCAAACUCAACUUGA